AUGCUGCUUGCUGCUGCUGCAGCAGCAGCUGCUGCUGCAGCAGCAGCUGCUGCUGCUGCUGCUGCAGAGCAGCAGCAGCAGGAAAGCCGUUGGAGGAAGGCAAGGCCGGGUUGGGCGUUUCCCGCAGCGGGAUUUUUGCUGCUCGCAUUUGCUGCAGCAGCAACUUUGCUGCUUCUCCUGCUGCACUGCCAGGGGCCUGCAGCAGCUGCUGCCACUGCUGCUGCCGCUGCAGCGGCGACAGCAGCGCCAAACCCCCCACAGACCCCACCAAGAAACACAACACCUGCGUCGCCUGCAGCAGCAGCAGCAGCAGCAGCAGCAGCAGCAGCAGCAGCAGCAGCAGCAGCAGCAGCAGCAGCAGAGCAGCAGCAGCAGCAGCAGCAGCAGCAGCAGCAGCAGCAGCAGCAGCAGCAGCAGCAGCAGCAGCAGCAGCAGCAGAGCAGCAGCAGCAGCAGCAGCAGCAGCAGCAGCAGCAGCAGCAGCAGCAGCAGCAGCAGCAGCAGCGGGUGGGCGCUACGUGGAGGGGAGGAAGAGCAAGCUGCUGCUGCGGCUGCUGCUGCAGCGGCAGGUGGACACUACAUAGAGGGAAGGAAGAGCAUGCUGCUGCUGCAGCAGCAGCAGCAGCACGUGCUUUCUGCAGCAGCAGCAGCAGAUACGUACUACGGAGGGAAGCAAGAACAUGCUGCUGCUGCAGCAGCAGCAGGGGCGCACUUCAGCAGAGGGCCCAGCAGCAGCAGCAGCAGCAGCAGCAGCAGCAGCCGUACCUUGACUGGGGUGAUUCGCCGCGCAGCAGCAGCAGCAGCAGCGCCGCAGCAGCAAGACCACAAGAAGCACUUCAGCAGCAGCAGCAGAAUAUUCCCGAUCCAGCCGAGAAGUGAGGCCCUCUGCAGCAGCCGCAGCAGCAACAGCAGCAGCAACAGCAGCAGCAACAGCAGCAGCAACAGCAGCAAAAAGGAAAACCACGACGCGAAAAUGGGGGAAAACACUGCAGCAGCAACUACGGAUCCCCAACAGCAGCAGCAGCAGCAGCAGCAGCAGGAGCAGCAGGAGCAGCAGCCGGAGCUGCAGGAGCAGGACCAGCAGCAGCUGCAGCAGCAGCUGGAAGAGCUGCAGCAGCAGCUGCAGCAGCAGCGAGCGGAAGCAGCAAGACUUAAUGAAGCGGCUCGGGUUUUGCGGAAGCAGCAGGAGAGGGGCCCCGAAGUUGCUGCUGCUGCUGCUGCUGCUGUUGCUGCCCGGGAUCGCGUGCAGCAGCUGGAGCAGCAGCUGCAGCAGCUGCAGCAGCAGCAGCAGCAGCAGCAGGAAGUGCCGCACUUCAUCAAAUAUAAGCAGCAAUUCGAAAGGCUUUUAAAAAGAAAGUUUUUUGUGGUUCCUUCUUUCGAAAUUUACGGAGGGUCUGCAGGACUUUACGAUCUCGGACCUCCAGGCUGCGCACUCAAGAACGAAGUGGAAAACUUGUGGCGAACCCACUUCGUCCUUGAAGAAGAUAUGCUCGAGAUUUCGGGAACCUGCUUGACCCCCUACGCAGUCCUCAAGGCCUCCGAAUGGCCUUUGCUGCUGCUGCUGCUGCUGCUGCAGCAGCAGCAGCAGCAGCAGCAGCAGCAGCAGCAGCAGGUGCAGCGGGAGAUCGAGGAGCUGCAGCUGCUGCGGCGGCAGGCCGACUCGCUCUCGCAGCAGCAGCUGCAGCAGCAGCUGCAGUCCUUAGCAGCAAAAUCUCCCGCGGGCAAUCCGCUCUCAGCUCCUUACCCCUUCAACUUGAUGUUUGCCCUGAACCUCGGGCCCAAGCAAAGCAGCCGCAGCAGCAGCAGCAGCAGCAGCAGCAGCAGCAGCAGCAGCGGCGGCGCGAAGGGCAGCAGCCCAGAAGAGCCCGUGCAGAGCAGCAGCAGCAGCGAAGCGCCGCGCAGCGGCGCCCUCGCGCCCAGCAGCAGCAGCAGCAGCAAAAACAGCAGCAGCAAAGACAGCAGCAGCAGCAGCAGCAGCAGCAGCAGCAGCAGCAGGGGCUUUCUGCGUCCUGAGACUGCGCAGAGCAUGUUUGUGAAUUUCCGGCGGCUGUACGAACUCAGCAGCAGCAAACUGCCGUUUGCUGCAGCACAAGUUGGAUUAGGGUUUAGAAAUGAAAUAUCUCCUCGCGGGGGUUUGCUGCGGACAAGAGAGUUUUUAAUGGCGGAAAUAGAAUACUUUUGCUGCCCCGAGAAGAAGCAGCAGCACGAGAAGUUUGCUGCAGUGCAGCAGCUGCUGCUGCCGCUGCUGCCGCAGCAGCAGCAGCUGCGCGGCGGCGCGCCGCUGCUGCUGCCGCUCGCUGCUGCAGUGCAGCAGCAGCUGCUGCCCAACCAAACCCUCGCCUUCUUCCUCGCCAAAACCCUUUUGCUGCUGCUCAAACUCGGAAUCCCUAAACCCUUUAUUAGGUUUCGGCAGCACUUAAACACUGAAAAGGCGCAUUACGCAGCAGACUGCUGGGACGCGGAAGUCUUCACCAGCAGCGGCUGGCUCGAGGUGGCGGGACACGCGGACCGCGCGGGUAGGGUUUAG